UUGGAAAAGUGGUUUAAAGGAGUCGACGCGUUGAGCACAAAGGGAAGACAACAGUGAGCCCAGCCCCGAGGUGCCGUCCGCAGGGAGGCUCAGAGCCUGGGUGGGGCCUCCGAGGUGUGUCCGCCCCGGUGACGCAGAGCCACCAGCGACAUACCGCGGCUCCGCGCAAAGUCCGCCGGGCCCCGCAGCAACAAGUGCAGCGACACACCGACGCACUGUCUCCUCCGCCAGCGUUUCACGCGGACACAACUCUUCGGGCGAGUCCGGCUUCCUCCCGGAGUCCAUCGACAGCUUUUUUCCAACAAUGGCGAAUGUUUUACUUCUCAACGUCUGCGCGGUGUUGAUGCUUUCCGGUGUGGACUCGUGUUUAAUCCCGAGCUCCGUGUACGUAAUUGUUCCGAACACGCUGCAACCUGGAUCCCUAAUCUCCACAGUUCAAUUUUCCCACUGUGACACCAAAUCCACGCGCUUGACGUCGAGCGACCCGAGCUUCACGGUGACGAGCAGCGGGGUGAUAGAGACCUCCGAGUCGGUGUCGGUGUCUCCGGCGGGGCGGACAUUUUCUGUGAGAGCUCGCGACAGCAGCGGGCCGGAAAGCGAGAUGGUCGUUCACCUCGUUCACCGUGCCGCAUCCAAAAAACAGAAGUCCUCAGGCUUCCUGAGGCGCUCCAAGAGACGCUGGAGCCCCCCACCCUUCAACAUCUUGGAGAACACACCGGAACUCCAGCCAAGAAGGAUCGAGACGGUUGUAUCGGACUCAGAAUCCCAGUUCCGGGUGUACUACACCAUGAGCGGCCCUGGUGUGGAUCUGCCUCCAUUGGGGGUGUUCAGUCUGGACACUACUGGGAAUUUGUUUGUGCAUACUCAAGUCGAUCGUGAGGUGUACCCACAGUUUAAAUUAAGAGUAAGAGCUUUCGACAAAAUCACCAAUCAGGAGACAGACGAUCCUUUGGAUAUCACUAUAGAAGUGGAUGACGUGAAUGACAACGCUCCGACCUUCACAAACCAACUGCAGUACACUGUGCUCGAGCAGAGCGUUGUGGGGGCAGUGGUGGGCAAGGUGAGCGCCACAGACAUAGACAAAGCAGGAACCCUCCACACCAAGAUCAGGUAUUCUCUCAAGACGGGAUUAGACCUGUUUGCCAUCCACCCAGAAACCGGUGUCAUCACCACGACAACCAACACCCUGGACAGAGAGGUCAAAGAUCAGCAUUUGGUGGUCAUAGAAAUCCGAGAUAUGGACGGUGCAGUCAGUGGUCUGUUCAACACAGGUACUGCCACCAUUACUGUGGGUGACAUCAACGACAACCCACCAACCUUCGCAAAAACAUCUUAUGCAGCCAGUAUCACAGAAAACGAGAUGGAAAAACUUAUCCUUCGAAUUCCCAUUGAAGAUAAGGACUUAAUAAAAACACCAAACUGGAUUUCCAAAUUUGUCAUCACAAAAGGAAAUGAGAAUGGAAAUUUCAGAAUUGAUACCGACCCCAAAACCAACGAGGGGCUUCUGUAUGUCACUAAGCCCUUAGAUUUUGAGCAGACCCCAAAUGUAAAGCUUGACAUUAUGGCACGCAAUGACGCCGAGCUGGCCGGCACCACGGCCCAGUGGGCGACCGUCCCUGUGGAUGUCACGGUCAUCAAUGUAGAUGAGGGCCCGCAAUUCUCAGCCCCUACUAUCCGCCUCAAUGUCAAAGAGAACACACCGAACGGCUCGCUGAUCGGAACCUACACGGCUCUGGAUCCCGAGACCAAGAGCAGCGCCGGCAUCAUGUAUUUCAAGACCUUAGACCCGGCCUCCUGGAUCAAUGUGGACAGAAACACCGGGGAGCUCAGGGUGGCAAACACCAUCGACAGAGAGUCUGACUUUGUCCAGGGUGGAAUUUACAACAUCACCGUGAGGGCUGUUGAUGCUACCGCCAAGACGGGAACAGGAACAGUCAUCAUCGUGGUGGAGGAUGUCAACGAUAACGUCCCCACGCUUCCCAGCAGAGAGUUGGUGCUGUGCGAGAAGGAAGGAGAGCUCGGCUCGAUACGGGUCACGGCUGAAGACAAGGACCAGGCUCCCUUUUCUUCCCCGUUCAGCUUCAGUUUACCAAGCGGUCACGAUGGCAAAUGGUCCAUAACCAAAUUCAACGACACGUCAGCUACGUUGAAGCAAACUAAAGAGCUUCCAACUGGAAAAUACGAUGUUCCCGUGGACAUUAAAGAUCUGCAGGGCUCCGGUAAAAUGCAGACGGCAACUGUGAGGAUCUGCAGCUGCAAGAACAACGAGUGCAUUGCCAACCCGAACUCUGUGUCAUUAGGGCCGAUGGGUAUACUGGCUAUGCUGUUGCCUCUGUUCCUCCUCCUGCUGCUCGGGCUUCUGCUUGGUAUUUUUUGCAUGACAAAGCUGGAGAAAAAAGAAAUUGAAGAUAUAGGAGACAGUGGUGGGAUCUUGCUGAAAUCAAACACAGAGUCCCCGGGGGAGGAAGUGGAUUCAAGCCUCAUCACUGUUCCCUAUGCAGUGGCGGACUCUGUAGUGAAAGGCUCUGUUAAAGGUCUGAAUUCAGGAUGGAUAGCAAACAACGGCUCUGGCACAUUUGGAGCCAAAACCACCAACGCAAACGGGGCGUAUAAUUAUGAUGUCGUCACAUCUGAUUUAAGCCGGUUCGGUUCUGGCCAGUACAACCAGUUUGAUUAUGCGGGUAACAGCGAAGGCUUCGACAACAGAUACCUCACCCAGGACUCAAGUCUUCUUCACAACUGGCAAACAAACGGCUUCUAUCUAAACAAGAAGCUGACCUUCUUCGGAACCGAGGACGACGGGCGGUACGCGGAGGACGUGGCCCACCCCUACGGGUACGAGGGGACAGGCUCUGCAGCCGGCUCCGUGGGAUGCUGCAGUGACAUCGGCGACGACAAUAAUCUCGACUUCCUGAACGGGCUCGGACCGAAGUUCAAAACUCUGGGAGAGGUCAGCAGAAAGAAAUGAACGACUGGAGCUGAAACACAUGUGUGCGUUUACCCGGCACUCAGAGAGAGGCCUGAGAGCUGAAUGUCUGCCCCUGAACAUGAAUGAGAUAAAGAACAAGCAGUUGGCGUCAGUGUGCGCACGCCGCUCCGCUCUCAAUAGUUUCUUUGCUGCUUUAUUUUGUUUUUUUGCAAAAGUCUUUUGCACUGAAAUCUCUUUGGAUGCAGUCAGUCGUACGUGUGUUGUGACGUGGCCUUCACACUCACCCAUCCAUUUUCUUCACGUGCUUCUCCAUAUAGAAUGUUCUUUGCAGUGAAGGGUUUCUGUCUGCUGUAUGAAUGAAGGCUUUGGGGAUUUGGGGAGUUAGUUCACUGUCAGUUUUUAUAGUAAAAGAUACAAGUUAGCUUUUGUGUGGCUAUGUUUUAAUUGCUGUUCAAUUUUAUAGUUUUCAUAUAUUUUAUAAAGAAAAAGAAAUGCCGAAGUGAAAAAAGAGUAUACAAUGCCAUGAACAUACUUCCUUUAAAGUGUCACGUUAGGAAUUAUUCAUCGGUCUUAAUGAUGUUAAUUGACGGAUUUUGUUUACUAGUGUUCUAAUCCUUCACUGUAUGAAUCAGUGCUAACACAUUCCUCUGCGGUUCAGCCCUUUGAGUAAUGAGGUCGUUGCAACAUACUGACAGUAGGCAUGUGAAAGUUAUCAGAAGGGCGUGAAUGUGACGAGUUAGGCGUCGCUGAGUCUGCCUGCCAUUGUAAUAACUGACUGACCAGACAGAAGAAAAAAAAUAAUCCCUGAAACAUGUUAAUUAGAGAAAAUAUUGUAAGGGUCUAAUUUGUAUAAAUUGAGUUUUUGGAGUUGUAAUAUGUCAUGGUCAUUAAAGAAUGGUUCUCUUAUUGAA